AUUGAGUUGUGUGCGCGCGCCCGCGCAUGUGAAACUGAGAGUUUUGAGUCACAUCAGUAGCGGCUGAAAGCUAUCUAAACUCGUCGAGUGUUUGCCCUCGACUAUCCUUGAAGCUUUUUGAAGGUUUGUUUGUCUGGAAUACAAAGGGAACAUUGUCUUUUCAGGGUUUAAUACCUUACCGCUCUCUAGCACAUUGGCGUCGCGAUGUCUUAUUUAUUUUCAUGCACUUGCUUAAACUGGUAAAUUGUGCUCAUUUUGCCUACCAAGGAGAGUCAGAGAAACGACAUAGAAUCUACGUCUGACUGCCAAAGUGCAGUCACACUAGAUCAGGGGUGUCUAAUCCUGCUCCUGGAGGACCACUGCCCAGCAGAUUUCCACUCCAACCCCAAUUAAACACUCCUGAACCAGCUAAUCAAGCAUACGAGCCUUCCAGGCAGGUGCGUUGAGGUGCUGGAAACCAUGGAUCUCCUCACCUCCAAAUCCCAGCGUUUUCCUCUGCUGCUCCUCAUUGCUCUAUUCAUUCUUCCUGGAUCACUAGCACAGACUUCGAUCCCCAAGGGCUGUGCCGCUGAUGUGGACUCCUUGUAUUUCAAUCUGUGUGACCUGAGUGCUGUCUGGGGUGUUGUAGUGGAGGCAUUUGCCGCUGCUGGUUUGGUGGCCACCCUGAUUCUUCUGAUCGUGCUGCUAGCCAGCCUUCCCUUUAUCACUAGCAGGAAUUGGCGCAGUUCCUUGGGGCUUCACGCUGUGUUCCUGAUCUUCACGUUUGGACUGUUCGCCCUCACGUUCGCCUUCAUCGUCGGGAAGAACUUCGCCACGUGCGCGUCACGCCGCUUUCUGUUCGGGGUGUUGUUCGCCGGCUGCUUCUCGUGCCUUCUCAUGCAAGCCGUGAGGUUGAACAUACUAGCCAGGAGGAACUCUGGGCCUAGAGGUUGGGUUUGGUGUUUGGGUGCUCUGGGACUCUGGCUGGUGGAAGUUGUCAUCAACACAGAAUGGCUAAUUAUUACAAUUGUACGAUACCCGACUAACAUUACCGGAACCCUCGCUCCUGCCACUGCUGUUCCCUGUAACAUUGAAAACCAGGAUUUUGUCAUGGCGCUCAUAUAUGUUCUAACUCUACUCUUGACAGUCGUAGUGGCAUCCUUACCCAUAUUGGCAGGUAAGCACAAGCGUUGGCGCAAAGAUGGAGCCCUCAUCCUGGUCACAGGACUGUUUUCGGUGGGCAUCUGGGUGGCUUGGAUUGUCAUGUAUGUGUACGGGAACUCAAAGAAUGGUGGGCCAACAUGGGAUGACCCAACACUGGCUAUAGCACUGGUGUCAAACGCAUGGGUGUUUCUGCUGUUCCACACUGUGCCGGCGGUGUGCAGCCUGAGUGAGGUAGAUGACGAUCCAGCUGUUGAGGAAGAGCUGUACCCCAGCAGAGGUUACGAGACCAUUCUGAAGGAACAAAGCACACAGAGUAUAUAUAUGGAGAACAAGGCCUUCUCUAUGGAUGAACCCCAUGCAGGUAAUAAGCCUGUGUCCCCAUAUGGCGGCUAUAACGGCCAACACCGAAGUAUAUAUCAGCCGACAGAACUGGCUAUCAUCACCAAAGGAGUGAGGAAUCCACAGGGGGAAUCGUAUGACAAUAUAAUUCCACGAGCAUCCGUAGGCACUCAACCCGGAGACCAAAGCGGUCACGCCAGCCCCUCAACACAACUUGAUGAUAUGAGAUUUUCAAAUGGAAAUUUCAACAGAAGACCCCAGUAAUCUGCUUACGCCAGUUGUUUUUUCCCCCCCCCCUGGUGUUUCUAAAUUAAGAUUUGUGAUUUUGUUUUUCUUUCCAUCGCUGUGGUCGACUGCAUAGACCAAUGUGAGUGAACUCAGAGUAACUGAGCAACAUUUUGUUUGCUCUACUGAAAGACAAUGUGUUGGGUGAUCUCAACCUGAUUGAAUCGUUGAAGAUGUGCAAUUGUACGGUAUGUUUUGUUUGUGUAUGGGGCGCGUUAAAAAAGAUUACUUGUACCAAUGAUUGCAUAGACUACUGCAAUGUGUUUACUAAGAAAGCACAGAUGAGCAAAGGACUGUAAAAUAAAUGUGUGCUGGUUUUCUGUCUCUCGUCCUGUAAAUGGAGUUCUGACAUGCUGCUUCUAUCACUGUAAAUAUUGGACACCAUACAUUUGCAUAAACCUUAAUUUUCAUAUAUCAAAUAUUAGCAAUGUGCAAUCUUUUAGGUGCAGCAACUGGAUUUAUGACUAUUUUAUUAUUUUCCCAACUUUGUAUUUAUUGUCAAUGUACAAAGAAGCAUUACACUCAAUCUGAAGAGAAUAUCUUUGUAAUGAUUCUGUUGAUUAAUGUACAGUAUAUAUUAAAAUUUCACUGAAUGGGAAAA